CCUCCGCGCUCCCGUCCCCGCCCGUCCUCCCCACUCCGCCCCGCUCUUCUCUUCCCGUCUGAGGUGGCGGCCGGUCUCGCCUCCUCGUCAGCUCCAUUUUGCUUCUCCUCCUCUCUCCCUGUCCCCGCGGGCCGAGAGCGGCCGGAGCGCCUCCCCGCCUCCCUAGCGUGGCCGCAGAGCCGCUGCGCCUUCGCCGUCCCCGGGCCCUCGGUCCUUCCGCGGCCGCGCCAUGAAUGAGGAAUACGACGUGAUCGUGCUGGGCACCGGCCUGACGGAAUGCAUCCUGUCAGGCAUAAUGUCAGUGAAUGGCAAGAAAGUUCUUCACAUGGAUCGGAACCCGUAUUAUGGAGGAGAGAGUGCGUCUAUAACACCACUGGAAGAUUUAUACAAAAGAUUUAAAUUACCAGGACCACCGCCAGCAUCGAUGGGGAGAGGAAGAGACUGGAAUGUUGACCUGAUUCCCAAGUUCCUUAUGGCUAAUGGUCAGCUGGUUAAGAUGCUGCUUUAUACAGAGGUCACCCGCUAUCUGGAUUUCAAAGUGAUUGAAGGGAGCUUUGUCUAUAAGGGUGGAAAAAUCUACAAGGUUCCUUCUACUGAAGCAGAAGCUCUAGCAUCUAGCUUAAUGGGACUGUUUGAAAAACGCCGCUUCAGAAAAUUCCUAGUGUAUGUUGCCAACUUUGAUGAAAAAGAUACCAGAACUUUUGAGGGCAUUGAUCCUAAGAAGACCACGAUGCGCGACGUGUAUAAGAAAUUUGACUUGGGCCAAGAUGUUAUAGAUUUUACUGGUCAUGCUCUUGCACUUUACAGAACUGAUGACUACUUAGAUCAGCCAUGUUGUGAAACCAUUAAUAGAAUUAAACUUUACAGUGAGUCUUUGGCAAGAUACGGCAAAAGCCCAUACCUUUAUCCACUCUAUGGCCUUGGAGAACUGCCCCAGGGAUUUGCCAGGAUUGCUCGUUGUAAGCAGCUCAUCUGCGACCCGAGCUACGUGAAAGACCGGGUGGAGAAAGUGGGCCAGGUGAUCCGAGUCAUCUGCGUCCUCAGCCAUCCCAUCAAGAACACCAACGACGCCAACUCCUGCCAGAUCAUUAUUCCGCAGAACCAAGUCAAUCGAAAGUCAGAUAUCUACGUCUGCAUGAUCUCCUCUGCGCACAACGUGGCCGCACAAGGGAAGUACAUCGCCAUAGUUAGUACCACCGUGGAAACCAAGGAACCCGAGAAAGAAAUCAGACCAGCUUUGGAGCUCUUGGAACCGAUUGAACAUUUCCAGAUCUUUAUUUCCCGCACAUAUGAUGCUACAACUCACUUUGAGACAACCUGUGAUGACAUUAAGAACAUCUAUAAGAGGAUGACAGGAUCAGAGUUUGACUUUGAGGAAAUGAAGCGCAAGAAAAACGACAUCUACGGGGAAGACUAACAGCAGUACACGUCAUCAUCCAGUUAGGACGGGUUUACGAUUCGGCAAAUAACGCAUUGUGUGAAAUCACUAUUGUAAGGCCUGCUUUUGUAAUCGGAACGGAGAGGUCGAAGAGCGCCGGGCUGCCAGGGAACGUUCCUCCCCUUCGUCCUUCUAAUAUCAUGUAUUAACUUGUUUUCCUGGAGGGGCUCCUCAGAAUUGGCAGGUUACCACAUUCUGUUCUAGUUAACCAAACUGGCUUUUUUUCUAGUGAAGGAUCAGUUUUAAACGAACAUUGUGAUACUGAUACAGAGAAUUUGAGGCAGUAUUUGUAUCUUUUAAUCAGGGUAGCCUUUGCGGUUACGGGCUGCUGCUCUCAAGAGCUGGACCCGCACGAUUCACGUGCCAUCUGUCAUCCCGACGUCAGGGAGGUUCUGAAUUGAGUAUUCCCCGGCUCGGGAUGGCAUCCGUGCGUUUUCCUGCAACUUGACACCUGUGCUGUGUCAGGUAUCGCGGCAGGGCCCAAGUAGCACAGCCACAGUUUGGUUAUAUGGCAUAAAAUCUUACCCAAACUCCAGGCUUGGGGAGUCCAUUAGAGGAAGCCCGUACGUGGUGUUUUAACCUAAUAAAAUUGAUGCGAGAAGGGGGAGGAACCCAUCGUAAAGCAGGUAAAAUGCCGACGCGUCUUCUGUAUCCCGGGCGUGGCUGCUGCCGAGGACCGGGCUGCGGGGCGGUAUUGACUUGGCAGAGCCCCGCUCCUGUCUCCGGUGGCGCCGAUGAUUUCUGUACUGCAAAUAAAGCCAGAUGCUGGAACCAGC